AACAGACGAGUCCAGCAGGAUCAGCCGAUGAAAGACCUGGUCCUUCACUGUGGUUCUGAUUCUUCUGUGUUUUUGCUGUUUCCAUUGUGUUUACUGAAUUUAUGGUUUUACACUGAAACUUUAAACCCAGGUGUUUUUUUUUUUUUUUUUUAAUUUUUUUUAUCACUACUCUGCACUGAAGUCGAACUUAUUCCCUGGCUACAAAGAUAAUAUUAGGAUAUAUUAUUUCUCAACGGUGAUAAGUUAAGAUGUUUUCUGAAGGUUAAAGGUAUGGAAAUGCAUGCAGCACACCACAGAGAGCUCUCGUCUGCAGCAGGUAGCUAACCAUGUUCUUCCCCUCUACCUGAACCUUGGUCACACUCUCCAGGACUUCACAGGACUCGCAAGUCCACCCUGGCCUUUUGAACUCAGAGAGAGCGACAUGGGGGAAAGACGAGCACGUUCCUUCCACAUGACGUGUCAUGUGCAACGCGACUAUGGCAGCAGGAUGGGGAGCUCCUUCAUCGCCUGCAGUCCCAAUGGAUACGCCAGCACCAGCCUCACCCUCAGCCUGGACCAGGAGACGGAUGCUGACCACGAAGCCCCGGCAGCCACUACACCCAGUAGCGCUGCCCCACGGGCUCUUCCACCUGACAGCAGCCACUACUCUCCUGUUUCACUGGAACUGGACCCCACAGCGGUGAAUAAUGGAUCAGGCAUUCCCUGCUGCCGGCCAGUGGACACACAGGACCCAGCGCUGCAGAUCGCACAGAGCCAGCCUUCUAUCACUUCUGUCCCUCCACCUCUCCCUCGUUCGAGCUGGCUGCAUCAUCAUCAAAAGGAAUUUCAGAGCCCUUACAUCAAGACUAGCAUGCAGGGGGAUGUUUACAACUUCCUAGAGAGACCUGCUGGACUGAAAUGCUUCCUCUACCACUUCCUUGUCUUCCUUAUGGUCCUGGUGUGUCUUAUCUUCAGUGUCCUGUCCACUAUAGAGCAAUAUGCAGACUUUGCCACCGGAACCCUCUUCUGGAUGGAGAUGGUGUUGGUUGUGUUCUUUGGCACAGAGUAUGUGGUCCGGCUGUGGUCGGCAGGCUGCCGCAGCAAAUAUGCAGGCAUCAAAGGACGCCUUCGCUUUAUCAGGAAGCCCAUAUCCAUCAUAGAUUUAAUAGUGGUCAUUGCCUCGAUCAUUGUGCUUGGCGUAGGAUCCAACGGUCAAGUGUUUGCCACGUCUGCCAUCAGGGGUAUACGUUUCCUUCAAAUUCUGCGCAUGCUACAUGUGGAUCGACAGGGAGGAACAUGGAGACUCCUGGGAUCUGUAGUCUUUAUUCAUCGACAGGAGCUGAUCACCACCUUGUACAUUGGCUUUCUGGGUCUAAUCUUUUCCUCCUACUUUGUGUACUUGGCGGAGAAGGAUGCUGUGGAUGAGGAGGGCAAGACCGGCUUCUCUAGCUACGCUGAUGCCCUCUGGUGGGGCGUGGUGACUGUUACCACAAUUGGCUAUGGAGACAAGAUUCCUCAGACGUGGAUAGGCAAAGCCAUCGCCUCCUGUUUCAGUGUCUUCGCUAUCUCCUUCUUUGCUCUGCCUGCUGGUAUCUUGGGCUCAGGGUUUGCUUUGAAGGUCCAGCAGAAGCAAAGACAGAAGCACUUCAAUAGACAGAUUCCUGCUGCAGCCUCUCUAAUCCAGACACUCUGGAGGUGCUACGCAGCAGAGAAACCAAAUGGCUGUGCAGUGACAUGGAAAAUGUAUGUCCUGACUCCAGAGGCUGUCACCACAGUGGACUCGGACCACAACAAUCCUAACCUCAGGAAACUGAACAUAUCGAAAAAAGGGACCAAGAGGAGGUUAAAGUCCCGAGGUAAUGGCUCCAUGCCAGUUUCCACAGAGAGGGCUUUGUCGAUCCCCCAGAUCACCUACGAUCACAUUGAUGACUCUGUGGAAAAGAAAGAUGUGUCGUACUUCCUGGAGGAGCCAAGAGGGAGUGUUGACGGAUUCAGCCGGAUGUUGACACAAACAGGCCCUCCUCAUCACUCUUGGUCGUCUUUCACUCUGAGCUGCCCUGCCUCCCCAGUAAAGAAAAACCAUGACAACAGCUUGUCCAUCGACAUCUCCCGAGCCAACAGCCUAACAGAUGAGCUGGACUACAUGAGUGAAGACAUCCCGCUUCCUGUGGUGACAAACAAGACCCAGUUGUCCCAUGCCCAGAGAUCAGCAGUAAAAGUCCUUCGCAGAAUGCAGUACUUUGUGGCUCGGAGGAAAUUUCAGCAAGCGCGGAAGCCCUAUGACGUGCGAGAUGUGAUCGAGCAGUAUUCCCAGGGCCACCUCAACAUGAUGGUCCGCAUCAAAGAGCUUCAGAGAAGGCUGGAUGGUACACUGGGGAAGCCUGGAAUGUUUCUCCCAGGAAAGGGAGAAGAUAAAGAAUACCCAACAAUUGGCGCACGACUGAUCAGACUAGAAGAUAAGGUUCAUCUGAUGGACCAGAAAAUGGACUCAGUCCUGCAGAUCCUGACAGAGCAGUUCCUGCCCAAACCUGAGCUGACCUCCAAGCCCUCCAUCCGCAGAGUGACCAUCCAGAAGCGUAUGGGCACCAGCGUUGACGAGGGGCCCUGAUGUUACAGAGAGAAUUAGACGGGGUAUGAUGAUAUCAAAAAGGGACAGUCGUAGAAGGAAGAGUCUAGUCCCCUAAAUGGAUGUCCAACAUGCACAUAAUAAGGGGACUCAGUCUUCCAAAAUCCACCCUUCCUUCCUUUCGCAAUCCAUCUUUUUCUCAUUGACUUUUGACCCUUUUUAAGAGAGAACAACUUCAAAACUUUAAUGGUCCACUGGCGCUGCACUGCUUCAGGACACGAGGGCAAAAGAAAGCACUGAGAGAGGAUUGACCUAGAAGGAGGGCAGGCUGUCCUUUUCUUUCUGAUGAUUGUUGGCCCUCUUUGGGUCUUUGUCGUUGUCUAAAUGUAGCUUUCAUUUCUAGACUACCAUCAUAGGCCCCCAGUCUUCCCCGGCAAAACACAUCUCAUUCAAGUAGCGACACGAUUCAUGAAUUUAUUUCGCUACAUUAGCCUCAUAAUCACACUACUCAGAUGAUGUUAAUUUAUGUGUGGCCUGUCACUGAGCUGCAUUCCUCUACUCCAAAUAUUAUUCCAAAGCUAACUAACCCAGUAAUGAAAUCGUAAUGCAAUCAAAGCACUGAAGUUCCCCAAAGACACAGAGAAAAAGUGAGAGUCCAGGCAUGGCAGCGGCAUUCCUCAAAUCCUUCUGAUUAUCUUGGCACCAUCCACACCCAGUACACAACAGGGCUAUUUCCAUAGCCACAUAUCCAUCUAGCCUAACUGUACUCAGACCGCGGCAGUGUUUGUUAGUAGUGAUCGAAUAACACGAGCAGAGAAGGACAGAUUAUCUGUUAACUUUGCCCAGCUUUGGAGACCGGAAGACUUGAGUAAAAGAACUAAAAAUAUGCGUCUGGGUGGCUAACAUGGUGCUGAUUUACAGCUAUGUUAAAGCUAAUAAAAUCAGCCUUGACAGGAGCCGGUGCCACGUUACAGAGAUGCAUUUAGAAAUGAUGGCUGGACUGUUCAGUUUGCUCCUGUAUUUUCACUAAGAGACUUCGUAUGUAUAUCAAUCCCUCCUCACAUCACCAGGGCCCUGUCUAAUAUCCUCCAUUACCCUCUUCAUGGGGCUCACGCUGCUGUGUGCAAUUUGAAAUAAAUUUGCCCCAUUAAACCUCUGAUUAUUUUUUCUCUCCUGAGCUAAUUAAGUGCUGAAUUCCUGGUAAGGGGAGAUUACUCACUGUGAGUGACUUAUGAAAAGAAACACUGGAAAAUGUGCAGAAUUUAAACAGUAAUCUCUGAGGAACACGCGCUCUAAUUCUCUGUGAAAGGUUUGGAAAUAUCAGGCUACUACUGAGAGACGCUGUUUUUUACACUAGUUUGGAAAAAUCAAAGCAAUGCUGUCAUUUGGUUGCCCUUACUCAUUGUACUUAUCUGACAGAACGCUGAGGCAUGUAGGAAGUAGAAAACAGAAAAUAACUCAACUAUGUAGCUACUGCAUGAAAGGCCUCCCAUAAUUAUAGCAUGCACAUUCCUAAAAAGAUGGAUAUACACACACAAAAGAUGAGUGAACAAGAGAAAGGGGAGAGAAAAGAGGCUUUCUCUCAGCACUAAAAUAUAUUUUCUUAUUUUUUGCAGUGGUUAAAGAUAAAAAAAUAUAUUCUAUAACAAAAAAAAAAAAAGUGGUUGCAUUUCAAAGGCAUACAUACAUGUCUGUCUGUUCUCCUGUACAGUUUUAUAAGAGGUGUAAAUAGAAACAUUGCCUUAUUGUACUGUAUUUAUUAUCUUAUGGAAAGAUCAACCUGGAACAUGUCUGCUUGUUGGAGUGAUGAGAAACACAAAGAGUGAGGCUCCUGUUGUACAGAUGGAUGGAAAUGAUUGUAAAUGAUAUUCACGCACACCCUCUGCACUGUAGCUCUGCUGUAAAUAAUAAAACUCCAUUUCAUUA